GGAAAUUUUCAAUCCAAAAAAGAUCGAAAAUCCUCCUUUAGCUGAUUCUGACAAGUUUGAUUUUACCGAUCCCAAUACUAGAAAUCCAUUUCGAAAUAGUAGCAAACCAGUGAGUGCUUCUGAAAAAGCGGAAGCCUCUAAGCACACGGAAAAGUUAGCUUUGAAGCAUGUCAAACCUGAGAAAAAAGCAAGUCAAAAUUCAUGGUGGAAGUUCUGGUCGAGUGAAGAAAAAGAACCGAAACCAGUUGAGAUUAAAGUAGAUCCUGUUUCGAAGUCAGUUGGAAAUCAGCGUGACAGUGUCAAAUUAGUCAAAAAAACUGUCAACCCCGAAAAGAGUUCAGCUAACAGAAAGCAAAUGUCUUCAUGGUGGAAAUUUUGGGCCAGCGAAAACACUGAACAGAAUUCGAAUAGCACUAAAAUAGAUGAAACUAUGAAAACACAGGUUGCAGUCAGUGAUGUUCACUCGUCUAACGUCGAUGCUUCGAAGCCAGUGAAGUCAACUCAUUUGACCUUGGACGACGUUCCUGAUGAUGAAAUUAGUAAUAUGGUUAUGACAGGAGUAACUUCAACUGCUGCAACUUUUAUCCCGUUUUCGUUCCUAAUGUACAAAUAUAUUAAGCACCAGCGGGGUAAAUUCAAUGUAAAAGUUAAGGGAAUGAACAAUUUCAUGCUGUCUUUUACCUUGUUUGCGCCUUUGAUGUUCGGAGCUAUGACUGUGUCGACUGCGUAUGUUUUGCACAAGUAUGAGUUCGAGAAAAAGAGUACAACUAUGGGAAGAUUUAUGAGGCAGAAUAAGUACUAUGAUGAUUAUAUUGGUAUUUUGAUUUGGCCAUUGGAGAUCCCAAAACGACAUGCUGAAGGAGAGUGAGUUUUACUUUUGAUCUGAAGUCAUACAAGGAAUUUAUUGUUUUUAUUAGCAUUUUGAACUAGCUUUCUCCCUAUAAAAGAUGAAUUGCAAAUUGAUUUUUUAAAAAAUGAAAUCAUUUACAAUAACAAAAGGAUCAUAAAUUUCAGAGUUUGAUUUUUGUAUUUCAUGGAUGAUUCCACUGAAUCUUCGCUUCUAGUUUUGGAAGCAUUUUUUGGAGGCUCUCACAAACAUUUGCUGGAUUUGACUCUCCCCAUACUACCAGAAAAGUCUUAUUAUCUGUUGACAUUGCCUGCAACUAAAUGGCAUUGGCGAUCCAGAUGCAGUGCUUUGUAUUUUUCUCAGCGGAUUCCGAGAAAUCGUAAAUUCAAGAAACUUUUUCUAACGUCUUGUACUAACCUGGCUGAGUUAAUCGGGUUAAGAACUGACUUAGCUUCAUGUGAAAAGAUUCUAUAUUUCCACGAAAAUCAACUUGUGUAUCCUAGAAAAGCUGAAAAGGACCGAGACUAUCAGCAUUGUCACAACGAAAUAGUUUCGGCAUUAGCUGCUGAUAAACUAAUUUUCAACUCUAUGUAUAAUCAAUCAACAUUUCUGAACAAUUGUGAGCAAAUUCUGAACAAAGUUCCGAACACUGAAUUUCAACCAAUCAGGUUACAAAUCGAAUCAAAGUGCCGCGUAUUGCCUGUUCCUAUUGAUUUUGAUAAGAUUCCAAAACUGUCGAAAAAGAUGAACGAUGACAAAGAUGCUCUUCAUAUAGUCUGGCCGCAUCGAUGGGAGCAUGAUAAAAACCCUGAUCUGUUUAGAGAUAUUAUUUUAGAAUUGGAUGGUAAAAAUUGCGAUUUUAGGCUAUCAGUUUUGGGAGAGAAAACACUGACAGUACCUGAAUCGAUCUCUGAGAUUUGUUCCAAAAUUGGUCAUAAGUUACUUCACGCUGGGUUCUUAGAAUCAAAGGAAGAAUAUUUUCAAACACUCGCAGAAAGUGAUAUAGUUUUGUCCACAUCAAUUCAUGAGUUUCAGGGUCUAGCAGUUAUGGAAGCUAUUUUGAUGGGCUGCUUUCCUCUUUGUCCGAACCGUUUAGUAUAUCCCGAGUAUUUACCCGAGAAAUGUCUCUACAGUACAACAGCCCAAGCUGUAAAAUUUCUCACAAAUGCAUGUAGAAGUGCCAAUUCUUUUAGGAAGCGAAGCUUCAACAUUGAUCUAAGUCAUUAUAGUUUGAAAAAAUUAUCAAAGGAGUAUGUUCAAUUAUUAGAAUAAACGGAUUAUAGUUUAUUUUGGACUUUUAUUAGAAAAAGACGAGGUGAUGCUCAGAGUAUUCUGAAAUGUUGCAAUGAAAAUUAUUCGUGUCUCUUUCUUUUACGACCUAUGAUAUAAGCUUUGAUAUAAGUUUU